AUGGACUUCUUCAUCCGCCACCUCACUGAACCCACGGCAAUCGCCGAAGAGCCGUCCCUCGGCCAGGUCGUGCUACGGGUCCGGGAGACCGCCGUCUGUCUCGCGGUGCUCGGCGAGGUGGAAUACGGCACCCGGCUCUUGAGCAUUCUGCACGCGCACGGGGCCCCGCCGUUCGACCUCCGCGAGUACGGGCCGGAGGUCUACACGACGGACUAUGCGCAAUGCAAGGCGUUGGCCAAGGGGGUGGAAGACCACGCCGUCCCCGUGCACCCCCCGCGAUCAGACCCGUUCACGAGGAUCGUCUUCGCCUUUGCGUGGGAGCACGUCGGGGAGUGGCCGUCGUGGGCGAGACCGGGGCCCGGACCCGUUGGGCCGGAGGCGGGGGUCGGUAACGAGACGACGCUAGAUGCGUUGGAAAGAUAUGCCCGGACCCUUGUCUGCAAUCGGUUCGCUUGUCCCUGGCGCGAGGAUAUGGAGACCUUUGAGUUGGCCAAGGGGCUGGCGCUUGGCCAGGCCAACAGGGCGAACCCACAUGGUCCGAUACCGAUUCGCAUGCACGAUUUUUGGAUGUUGUGGGAGCGUAUGCUGGCUCCGUGGCCCAUGAAUCAGAUCGUCAAGGCGACGGGGCGAGUCUUGACGCUCGACCUUGCCGUACGGCUGUUCGGUUCCGGGGGCAACGCAAAUAGGGCCGGUAAUAAUCCUGAAAACCGCGAGAGAUUUCUUGCCGAAGACCAGACCAAGGAAGAACUCAUCGACGAGUUUAUAGCCGAUGAUUUGGUCAGAGACGAGCCAGAGAGUGAAGAUGGGGGAAAGGACGAGGACGAGAACAAGUCGGACGGAGACUUUGAGGGUGACGAAUACAGCAUCGAGCCUUGGGGAAGGUGGAUCGCCAAACAGCACAGCGCACAAGACCAAAUGCCGAUGCUGGGAAGCAUGCGAGCUCUCUGGCGGUACGGGUGGUUCACCGACCCUCAAAAGAACGACCUCAUCAAAGUCUUGGGGAUCGACGCCGCGAAACUCCGCGACGCCGCCGAGGCGGGCUGCGCGAUGCUCAUCAGGAGGUUGAGAAACGGUCCCAGUCGACCGUACGAAGGGUUCACGAUCUCGGAGCUCGUCCGGGACGUCGACGCCAACACCCGCUCAAACGCAGAAUAUGCCCCGGACGACGCUCCUGAUAGAGAGAGCUUGCUCAUCGAGCGCACGGCUCUCGGUCCCGUCGAUCUCGACGCGGAAAAGAUCUUCAGGCCCGCCACGCUGCUCCGUCACCCACCGCCCUCGCAUCAAGACAUCUCUGACCUGGAGAAGCGGCUCGAGGUAAGCGACCCGUUACCGGAUGAUUACAAGGUCUUCCUCCGGACGACGGACGGAAUGGGGCCAAUCUGGUGGAACGGAUCCAACCUCCUCCGGCUCCUGGCGCCGAUGUCCAAAGUAGCCGUCGAUGAUGGCGAUUCUAGUUUCUCGCGAAUAGAGCUUGAGCUGCUGCCGGAGUGGGGUCUCGACGGCCCUAACUCGAUCAGCUGGCCGCUCCUCCGCCGGGCCAUCCGCAUCAGCGAAGGCGGAUAUGAGGGGCACCUAUACCUCAUCGAGCCCAGGUACGUCGCCGAAGCCAAGGCCGCGUUCUUCAAAGUCUACGACUCAGCUACGGACCACAACAGACGCCUGCUUCUGCGGGAGGUAGAAGAGGUCUACGGGAGCCUCGAUGCGUUCCGCGAGCUGAAAUGGGGCGUGGUUCUCUACACGCUGUGGUUCAGCGACAUGAUCCCCUACAAGAGCUUCUCGGCGGCAUUGGAGGCUUUUGCGGGAGGUAGCCGAAGAACACCGAAAGAGUGGAACCUCAGUUUCGAUCCGAGCACGCGAAAGCUCCUUGGGAUAUACUACCGGCCGACGGCGGAGUGGGAUGACAGCAAGGAGGGGAGGCUCGUGAGGAUGGGGAAGGGAAACCUACAGGUCUCCGAUAAUGGAACUGUGUCGAUGGGCGACUUGGUGUAUCCAGAACUCGGGUUCAACAUGCCAAUGGUUGAUCAUUGA